GCGUGCGAACAAGUCUCCUCUUCUCUAAUCUCCUCUCUCCUCAUUUGAUAUUGUUACGUUUGGUAGGUCCGUCCUCUGCUACAACUUGUUCUUCCUCUUCGGUCUUCUUCCUCUUCGGUCUCUCUCACACGAACAAACUUCACAACCUAAAACCAGAGAGAGAGAGAUCGCAAACAUCUUUCUUCUUCUCCGAUCCCUCGGAUUCGUGGCAAUUCGAUUUCCUUUUCCAAGCUAACAUUUUUCCUUUUUCAACUUUAAAAUCAACAACAAUUGCUUAGGUUUUUUUUUCCCCCCUUCUUAUUAUAUAUAUAAUGGCGAGGAGCAGAUCAACAUCGAACAGAUGGAGGUAUAUAAAUCCUGCAUAUUACUUGAAGCGACCGAAGCGUCUCGCAUUGCUAUUCAUCGUCUUCGUCUUUGCCUCCUUGCUCUUUUGGGAUCGCCACACUCUUGUCACUGACCACCAGGAAGAGCUCUCUAAGUUGAAUGAAGAAGUAUCUCGGUUGCAAAAUAUGCUGGAGGAGUUAAAGAAUAACAACGGAAUUUUAGGUGAAAAGAUGAACUCUGGUGGCAAAAGUAGUGAUGUCACCAAGGAAAAAGAUGUUCCAGAUGACCCUAUCAGCAUUCAGCGAAGAGAGAAAGUAAAAGAUGCCAUGAUUCAUGCAUGGAGUUCAUAUGAAAAAUAUGCAUGGGGUCACGAUGAGCUUCAGCCACAGACAAAGAAUGGUGUUGAUAGCUUUGGCGGUCUUGGAGCAACUCUAAUUGACUCACUUGAUACGUUAUAUAUAAUGGGUCUCGAUGAACAGUUCCAAAGAGCUAGAGAGUGGGUGGCAAACUCAUUGGAUUUCAACAAGAAUUAUGAUGCUAGCGUUUUUGAGACAACCAUAAGAGUUGUGGGUGGACUUCUUAGUACAUAUGAUCUCUCAGGGGACAAAAUUUUCCUUGAAAAAGCUAAAGACAUUGCAGAUAGGCUGCUUCCUGCAUGGGAUACCCAGUCUGGCAUUCCCUAUAAUGUUAUUAACUUGGCACAUGGAAAUGCACAUAAUCCUGGAUGGACUGGGGGUGAUUCUAUCCUGGCAGAUUCUGCCACAGAACAGGUGGAAUUUAUUGCUCUUUCUCAAAGGACAGGAGACCCAAAGUAUCAACAGAAGGUGGAGAAUGUUAUUGCACAGUUGAAUAAAACCUUUCCUGCUGAUGGCUUGCUUCCCAUCUAUAUUAAUCCGCACAGAGGGACUCAAUCAUACUCGACCAUUACUUUUGGGGCCAUGGGGGACAGUUUCUAUGAAUAUUUGCUCAAAGUUUGGAUUCAAGGAAACAAGACUGCUGCUGUGAAGCAUUAUAGAGACAUGUGGGAGACGUCUAUGAAAGGUCUGUUAAGCUUGGUUCGGAGAUCCAAACCAUCAUCUUUUACAUAUAUAUGCGAGAAGAUGGGGAGUAAUCUUAAUGACAAGAUGGAUGAAUUAGCAUGCUUUGCUCCAGGGAUGAUUGCCUUGGGAUCAUCUGGUUAUGGUUCUGAUGAUUCUCAGACAUUUCUCACACUUGCAGAAGAGCUUGCUUGGACGUGCUAUAACUUCUAUCAGUCAACACCGACAAAAUUGGCCGGAGAGAACUAUUUCUUUACCUCAGGGCAGGAUAUGAGUGUGGGUACAUCAUGGAACAUAUUGAGACCAGAGACAGUAGAAUCACUCUUUUAUCUCUGGCGAUUGACUGGCAACAAGACAUAUCAAGAGUGGGGCUGGAACAUAUUUGAAGCAUUUGAAAAGAACUCACGCAUAGAGUCAGGAUAUGUUGGACUGAAGGAUGUCAAUUCUGGUGUGAAAGACAAUAUGAUGCAAAGCUUCUUUCUUUCUGAAACACUCAAAUAUUUCUAUCUUCUUUAUUCACCCUCUACACUUAUCCCACUGGAUGAGUGGGUUUUCAACACGGAAGCUCACCCUCUAAGAAUUGUCACUAGGCAUGAACAAGGAGAGAAUUUCAGUGGAUCAGAUGAACAAACUAAACCACUUGUUAGGUCACGAGCAAGGAAAGAAGGUCGAUUUGGUGGUGAUUAGGAUUUUUACUGGUAAUUCCCGUGCUGAAAUUUUAGGGUUUUUUAUUACAUGAAGAGCUGAAGGUCUUAUAUAUUAUAGUGUACGAAAAGAAGGUCCAAUUUUACAAUUGAAAAUAGAUGCGGCAUCACAAUGCUCAACUGAUUCAACUUGCAGUAAACUGGUAGGAUCGUUGUAUUUUAUACUUUCUGUUGCCCACAUUUUGGAAGUGAUGGAUGUAACUUAGAGUAUAGGCAUUCUGGAUAUUGUGCAUUUUAAUUUUUUUUUUGUUUUUGCGGAAUUGAUCAUUUGUAUUCCAGUUUUUAUUACAAUAUGAUACUGCUCAGGCUUGGGCGGUAAUCGAGCAAAUAUUUUAUAUUUUACUCUCCUGAUUUGGUAGCA